ACUUAUUCAUGAUCACGCAAAUGUUUGAACCGGAAGUAAACAUCGGUAAACAGAAAGUAGAGUGUCCACCUGACGCUGUGUGUGCGGUAAACAGAAAUUUUGAAGAAAUAUUAUCCUUGCCGUAUUUGGGUUGUUGCGAUGGAUUUCUUGGUUCUGACAGCUAUCUAUGUGACAGUGUUUGGUUUAUGUGCUCUCUUGUAUGUCUAUGGAGAUUCUCCAGCAUUAGCCAAUGGUCCAGUCGGAUUUCUACGCCGUAUUUUAGUGGAGGUUGUGACAUUUGUGGUACCCCAGCGAUUUACAGAUGCUGUCCAUGAAAAGCUCUACAAUGUUCUACAUACCAGGAACCAGGUCUUGCAGUUUGUUUUUGCUGCCAUUGUGUUGUUAGGCCAUGCUGUGUGGGUGAAGGACAUGCUGCCCAUCCUUUAUCUGUCUGACCCACAUGCCAACCACACUCUUAUGCCAAUGGUAGUGGUUUUUACAAACUUAUUCUUCUUCCAUAAGAGUUGUUCGUCUGACCCAGGGGAGAUAACCCAAGGAAAACAGGACCUAUAUUCCCAGGUGUACAAAUUUGACAUGAGACUAUAUUUACCCAACAGGAUCUGUUCAACAUGUGAUCGUCCAAAGCCAGCUAGGUCCAAACACUGCAGUAUCUGUAAUCGCUGUGUACACCGUUUUGAUCACCAUUGUGUGUGGACCAAUAACGACGUGGGAGGCCUUAAUCACCGCUAUUUCUUGAUUUUCCUACUGACCUUGAUUGGCAUGGCAAUGGAAGGUGUGGCUGUGGGGAGUUGGAGCCUCUGGCUGUACACGCGUAACUCAAGACUCCUGGAGGCCCGCGUCCUGAUGGAUGACGGAGAGACCAUGCCUGUGAAUGUAUCUGUUGUUAUUCAGCACCUUUUCCUGCAGUAUCCUCGAUUGGUAUUCCUGGUUGUGGCCUUGAUUGUACUUAUCCCUAUGAUGGCAUCCUUCGCAUUUUAUCAUACGUACCUUAUAUUAACCAAUCAAACAACAAAUGAACGAUACAAAACACCAGCAGUGGAAUGUUUACAGGACAGGGAAAGCUUUUCUUAUCGAAGUGAUAAAAUCUCUAAACAAAAGCUGAAUAGAAAAAACAAUAGCAAACCGAAUGCUAAUCAGGUACCUGUACAUACCGAGCACAGACCUUACAAUAGAGGCCUUCUUAAAAAUAUUCAGGAAGUGUUCUUUUUAGAUAAUUUGAAAAGAUCCAAACAUCGGUGAUAAAAUGUCAGUUUGGACCAAAUAAGACAUCAAUUGACAUGACAUUUAACAUGUAAAUAUACCUCUCGACUCCUGAAUGAGUAAGCAGCUGCUGUUGUUAAUAAAAUAUAUGAUUUUUCUGUGUCAGAUAGGGUAGUCCAAUAUUAUAUGGAAAGUUAUUAAUUUGAUUUUCACUCAGUUGUGGAAGUGUUGCCUUUAUUUUGUUGUCAUUGAAGCUAUAUAGGAGCUAAAAAAUGAUAAAACCUGUUACAACAGAAUUGGAGUUAUUUCCCUUUAGUUGUAAUUGAGGACCCAGAUUUACUGGACCAAGUCUGGCCAUCCAGUCAUCAACCAUUGACUUCUUCAUAACCACUGAUUGGAAUUAAAUAAAAUUUUACUGAAAGCAUCUCUAGGUAGUUGACAUUCAAAAUUGUACAAAUUGUGGGACUGAACCCCUGGGUGCCUGAGGGGCAUGGCCAAAAUGGCUAAAUUGAUAUGAACAACUUCUCUGAAACUAAGUAGUGGAUAUCAGACAGAUGGGGCCAAAAGGGGUUAAUUUGGCAGAUUGAUAUAAAUUACCUUUUCUCUGAAAUUAAGCAAUGCCAUGGAUAUCCCUCAUAUUUGACUGGUAGCACCCCAAUGGGAAAGGGAUUCAAAAUUUUACAAACGUGGGACUUGACCAGCGACACAUACUUAUGAAACCAGGUGAGCGAUACAGGCUCUCUGUGCCUCUUGUUUAUUCAUAUAGCUACAGAUCUAGUUACGAAGUCCUUAGCUGUCUAAAACCAAUCAUACAACUUUUUUUCUGUAAAUAAUUGAAACUGACUACACCUUUUCCAGCUGUUGGGUGUUACAAAGAUAUCCAUUUUCUAUUUGAUACUUGACCUCACACAGUUAUGAUGUAAUCCAGGUAUAGACACACUGGUGCCUUGAUUAAAAUGCAAAUGGAGUGUUAUUUCAUCUAGGUACUUGCAAAUCGCCUUCUUAUGUUGGCUCCUCAACCAGCAAAAUUCUAAUGAGGCUUGUGUGUCUGUGUACACAACUUGUUUUUGUACCAUAUUUCUGUAAGCAAGUUGUUUGUGUCUGAUAUUCACAUAAUUUUGAGUCUGAUUGUAAGAAUUGUUAGAUUUUGUCCUAUCACAUAUUCACAAGUGACAGAGUGUAAGAUUUGGAUAUGUUUUAUGAAAAGAUAUUUUUGUAUGGGUUUUUUGUUUUUUUUUUCAUCUUUUGCCCAAUUUUCAUUUUAAUGUAAUAAGAUAUACUGUAUGUACUGUAUUUAUCCAACAAUAAGCCCCUUCGAUUAGUGUUCAGGUUCAGUAUUAGGUUUGGGGUGGACAUAUUGUGAAUCACUUAUAGCUUCUAUUUUAAAAUUGAUGAUUCAACCAAAAUAAAGAAGGAGCUUAUUUGUGAAUAAAUACUGUAAUCCUAUUUGAGAGUAAGACAUAAUUGUGUCUGAUUUAAGAUCUGUCUUAUUCAUUGUAAGGCUUGUUUACACAUAUCAGAAUUAAAAUGAUAUAUGCUGCAAAAGAUAACACACUUGAAACUGGUUUAUUUCGAGAAAAGUGACCAGGAUAACCAUUCCCAUACAGUUAAACAGAUUUUGUAAAGAUUUUUUUUAAAUUGUUGGCCUUAUUAUUCUGUUCCGCUGUAACUAAACUUGGGGACAAUGGAGGACAGUCUACAUGGACUUUAUUAUUAAAAAUUCUUUGGCAAAAUGCUGAAUCAGCACCUACUAAAUAAACUGCAGGCUAUCAGGUUUACUGGGUAAUUCAAUAAAACUUCGCAGAAAUACUUGACAAUGGUUUGGGCUUUUUCAAAGGGAUUUUUUGGCCCAUUAAUGGGCCCAUUAUUUUAUAUUCAAGCCAAAUUCCCAAAAUUUGCAAGUUAAUUCUGAUAAAAUAUUUCCCAAUUCACAAAUUUUUCUACCAUAAUGAGACAAAAAAGCCACAUCCCAAAUUUGUGAGAAAAAUCCCUGAAGGUAAAAACAAUGUAUUGUUGAAUUAAAAACAUGACCAUUCUUAAUUAUGUAAACUGCUGAGCAUAUCCCAGGAAGUGUAUUUAGACCCAUUAUAUUUGUCAGUAUAAAAAUAAAAGUAACCAGAUAACUAUUAUUA